GUUUUUUUUGCUGUUGUGGCUUCCUGUAUUCUUUUCAGAUGAAAUCAUUUGUACAGCAACUCAGCAACAGACGAAAGGAUGAAGUGGUUGAUCUUAUUUUGUCUGGUGUUUUUUGUGUAUCUUGACGUUUCCUCUCAGAACUUUACAAACAUUUCUGUAAAAGUGAGCCCUGAUGCUGAGAAAUGUAUGAACUAUAAAGUCAACCUUUCAGGAACUGGAGGCUAUGCAAACACUAUCAAGGACUUGGAGAACAUAGAAAAGACUCUUGAGAACAUAAAUAUAAAUGCGACUAUAUCGAUAUCAUUUGGAAAUAUUGUGGCUCUCCUGUUUAUACCGACUGCUCCCUUCAAAAGCGUUACACUUCAUGCCAGUGACAGCCAAGCAGGCUUGAAGAAUGUCUCCAAUACGACAGUCAGUGUUGAACUCCCGGAAGAACUGAACCUUGGACCAACGAACAUGAUUGUGUUCUCCAACCUUAAGCUCCCUGAAACAAACAAGAGUGAUCCUGGAGCCUUAUUUGAAGUUUAUGAUAGACGAAUGAUAAUCCUGAGUGUGAAGGGCAAGAACAUAUCGGGACUUCGGCAACCUGUCAACAUCACCAUGAAAUUUAACCAGAAUAUAAUUCAAACCCAGAGACCCUCCUGUCAUUUCUUAAAUUUUUCAACAAACAAUUUUAGUACAGAUGGAUGCCACACCAUUUGGACACAUGAUCAGAGUAAUGUCACAUGUUCCUGUAACCAUUUCACAUACUUCGGUGUGCUCAUGGUUUCUGCUUCGUCUGGGGGGGAUGCUGUUCUUUCAAAAAAAGACAUGGAAAUACUAUCAUACAUUACAAUAAUUGGCUGUAGCUUUUCUCUUGUUGCCCUGGUCAUCACCGUUUUACUUUUCAUCACAAACAGGACACUCAGAGAAGAUCUUUCUAUGAACAUCCACAUCAAUCUCGUCAUCGCCCUGAUCCUCCUCAACCUGCACUUCCUGCCCAGUCAGGCAGUGGCAGCACACCCCUCCACUUGGCUCUGUUUCUACAUGGCUCUUGCCCUUCACUACUCCCUGUUGGCCACUUUCACCUGGAUGGCCUUGGAGGGGUUCCACCUCUACCUUCUCCUAGUUAAAAUCUUCAACAUUUCUGUCAGCAGAUACAUUCUCAAACUCAGUGUGGUGGGAUGGGGUGUUCCUGCAGUGAUUGUGUCAGUGGUGGUGAUCAUAGACAGAGGCUUUUAUGGCCAUGUCCUUCUAGACAAGUCAAACCAUGAUGACACUAAAAUAUGCUAUAUAUCUAAUGAAAUAGUGAAGGUGGUCACUACUACUGGACUGUUCACCAUGGUGUUCCUCUUUAACAUGACCAUGUUUAUGGUGACAGUCAAGCGUGUUUUGAAUGUUGGGUAUAACAAAGAGUUUGGGCAGCUUCACCAUAAACAGGUCAGGAAAGCCAUUUGCGCCCUGCUGGGUGUCAGCGUUCUGCUCGGGAUUACUUGGGGCCUGGUUUUCUUCUCAUUUGGUUACCUGACCACUGUUGCCCUCUACCUCUUCUGUGUUCUGAACUCCCUGCAAGGGUUCUUCAUCUUCCUGUGGUUUGUGAAGUCACUGAGAAAGGGUAAAAGCUCUGCCCCUAAGAUAAGCAGUGAAGCAACUUCCCCCAACAGAAAGCUUAACAAAAACUAACAGCUCAGGAACUGAGUUGUUGGAAUUUUUGUCUGAUAUUAUUAUUUCUGCUUUAGGUUGUUUACAGCGACUGAUUUUUAAAUUAUUUAAAUGAAUGUGAUAUUUGUGAAAUUUUUAAAGGCACUAUUUAAAUGUUAUGUUUGAUGCUUUGUGAUUAUAACAGACUAUACAUCCAGUGUAAAAUAGGGCACUUCUGGGAGUGAAAGUUAUAAAUGCUGAUAUGAUGCAUCUUCAUUCAUUUUGUGUGUGAACCAACUGCCAUUGGUUUCAGUAGCCUGAGUAAUUUUGAUAUUGUCAUGCAGAUUACACCAUCACUGUUGUGUUUUGCUGUAUACUUAUAUCCUAUUUCAUGUGAUAUUUGAAAUAUCUUUCCUAUAUCUUCUUAUCACAUAUAUAAAAUAAAAUAUAUGAAUCCUUUCAAUAAAAUCAUGUAUAUUUGAACCUCUAUUUGCACACAUUGUGAGUUGCAUACAUUCACAUUUCACUAGAAUCUGUGUUUAUGAAUGCAGACAUAUUGCUGCCUGAUGUUUUGAACUAUUGAACAUGUAAAAUUAACAUUUCCAACUGCAGCUAUAAAGACAGAACCUUCUUUAACAG